UGACCAUACAAACUACAAAGUAAAAUCAAAACUUUCUAAAAGAAUAAUGGUGAUGGCAAAAGCUCUGGUUGUAGUUUUCUGUGUGUUCCUAGUUGUGAUCAAUGGGUUAGAAGCGGUCGAAAUAUGCAAUAUGACCGAGGAUGGUUUGGUGUCUUGCAAACCAUCAGUGACAAAUCCUAACCCAGCUAAACCAACCCCAGAAUGUUGUAAGGCAGUUUCUGGGGCGGACCUUAAGUGUUUGUGUUCGUAUAAGAAUUCGGUCAUGUUGCCUUCUCUUGGAAUCGAUCCAGGGCUAGCUAUUGCGUUACCUGAGAAGUGCAACCUCCCCCCUCCACCUUGUUAGUUUGGUGAUCAUGGUGGUUGGGUAUUUUCUGUUUUGUUUGUAUCUAUAUAUAUAGGUGGUGAAAUAAAAAAAAAAAACGUCCUAAUGUUGUAUGUUUGUGUGUGUGUGUAGAACUCUUUGUUUGGAGGAUCACGUAAUACUAUAUAUUCUGAUUCUGAUA